UUACUCGGUUUGGCAUCAGAGAUCACUAGUGCGCCGUGAUCGCGCUACUACUCCAAACGUUACAUUUGUCCAGGAUGAAACUGACACUGGCUCUCGUUCUUUGUGUAGCGGUUUGCCGCGCUGAUGAUUUAGCAUCAGCGGCCGGUCAGAUAUUCAACAGCAUACUGCCGAAUUUGAUCAGCAACUCGGUAACCGGUCAGCAGGGAAACACCGCAUCGAAUACAUUGCAACAAAUCGGAACCGUUGUCGGAGGAGUCGUUGACUAUGCUCAUAAGAAGAGUUAUGAGGACAUGUUGCGUCAAGUACAAGACUCGACGACUGACGAUGACCUGCUCCGUAUCAGCGAAGAAAUGUUCAACGCGGAUGUUAACAACGCGUUCAACUACAUUCAGGUCAAUUUGCAAGGCAAAACCAGUCCCAUGUCCAAGAACGACGAAGCGCAAUCGAACUUAUUGUCGGUUCCUGAGAAUGUAUGGAAUGGACCGACAAUUCGACCAUUUACUGCUCUCUUCGACAAUUAUCACAAAAACGUGAUCAGACCUGAGUUCGUAACACCUAAUGAAGAAACAGAACAGGUGACAUACAUUAACACAAUUCUGGCCACUGGUCCGAUGAGAAGUCUAAUGACAUUCCUCGCCAGCAAAGGUCUGACUCAAAUGAACGAGUACAAAGAGCAAGUGGAUUUGUUAAAGAAGAUCUGGUUCACUAAAUACGCACGCCACUGGACUGGCCUGUGCAAAUGCAGCUGCGCUUUCGAAAACAUUUUCAUGGCUGAACUUAAGUCGAAUGAUGUAUUAGGACUACAUAGUUGGCUGUUCUUCGCUAAACGCGAAAUGGACCGCAAAGCUAACUACAUGGGUUACAUCGAUAAACUUGACCUUUCUGGGAAAGGGUUGAUCCUCAAACAGCAUUCUAUUCUGAGUGAAACCAAAGACGCACCAGAGAUCACCAUGUUCGUGGGGACUUCUCCUGAGCUGGAAACUGCUCUGUAUACGCUUUGCUUCAUGGCGCGGCCUGACCGCCCUUGCAAGUUACGUUAUAACAAUGUCCCCUUCACCAUACAAACUAAGACGCUGAAAUCUGAGAACGUCCUCCUGAUUGACACAGCUUACCCAAGCUUUUAAUUUUGUAAAAAAACUUUUAAUAUGUAAUAAAAUAUGAAUAUCACUAAAUAUUAUUUUGUAACAAUAUCACCAUGAUUUGUAGUACAAAUUUGUAUUGUUAUUUUUUAUUUAUUAUUCUUUUAGAAGAAUAAAUAAUAUUUAAUCUAAAUUAUAUUCUGAUGAA